CUGUCACUUCCCAUUCUUGCAGUGUGCCUUCUUGGUAUGGCAUUGAUGUUAAUGACUUCUGAAACCACAGUGAACUCCGGCUGUAUAAUACAUGUGAUGAGUGUCACUGCAGUCCUGUCUGUGAACAUGGUGACAGCCAGCAUGUUACUGAGUGUCUUCUUUGUUUCAGGUGCUUUGGCUGCUUGUUCUAAGGAUUCAGGCCUCUUCAUUACUGCACCACAGAAGAUGGAAGCACUGAGUGGAUCUUGUUUGCUAAUCCCAUGUACCUUUAGAGCUAAAUCAGAACAAGAGUUUGACAACAGCAGAGAAAUCUUUGGAGUGUGGAUUAAAAAUAACUCUAGAUUUGUAAAGAAUGUGAUUCUCAACAGCAGUAGGACAGAUAACAUCUAUCCAAUGAGAUUUACUGGAAACCUGAGAGAGAAAAACUGCACCACUUUAUUUUCCAAUUUAACCACAAGUUAUACAGACACAUACUACUUUAGAGUUGAGAACAAACCAUUCAAGGGAACAGCUACAUGUGAUCCUCUUCAAAUAACAGUUCAAGAUUCUCCUCCGAGCCCCAGAAUUGAGAUCUCAGGUGAUCUGAAGGAGAAGGAGUCUGUCAGUAUAACCUGCUCAGCUUUCACUCCCUGUCCACACUCCCCUCCUAAACUCACCUGGAAUCUCCAACAAGACUCUCACAACAAAAUCCAGGAAAACACAGAUGGGACCUUUACAACUAAAAUCCAGAAGAACAUCACUCUGUCAGACCAACAUGAUGGAUACAACAUCACCUGUUCUGUCACAUAUCCUGUGAAUGAAGGAAAACAUGUCAAGACAGCAGAGCAGAGAAAGACUCUCAAUGUUUCAUACCUCCCAAGGGACACUUCAGUGGUCAUCAGUCCCACUGGCCCAGUAUCAGUUGGCAGCAUGGUGAACCUGACUUGCUCCUGCAGAGGAAACCCACCUCCUGUCCAUUUUGUCUGGUUCAAGAUGAGUGACAGCAGACUGAUGCUGAUCAGCGCUGAUACUAAGGUUUAUAGCUUCCGUGUGAGCAACAGUGAUCGAGACAGAUUGUUCUUUUGUGGAUGCAGAAAUGAUCUGGACUUUGAACUAUCAACAGGACGCCAGCUGAUAUUUGAAGAUGAUCAGAAGUCUGAACUGGUUGGCAUCCAAGUUAUAGUCAAGAUCCUGGGAAUCAUGAUGCUCAUCAGUAUGUUAGUCAUCUUUGAGUGUUGGUUUCGAUCAAGACGCUCCAUCAAACUAAUGAAGGAUGAAGUGGAGGCAGACUAUGUCAACACAAUGAGUGAGAUGUCAUCAUGAGAAGAGGAGGAGGAUGUCACUAUAAAUGGAACGGCAUACUGUGUUGUGAAAUCUAUGUUCACUUCUUAGUCUUGGUUCCUUCUUGUUAUGUGCUCCCUGUACAGAUUGUAAAGCCCUCCAAGGCAAAUGUACUUUGUGACUUUGGGCUAUAUAAAUAAAAUUUGAUUUGGUUUGAUUUGAUGUACAAUAAAGUGCAGAUUUUUUUUACCUCUUUAAAAAUGACCCCAUACUUGGGUGAAUAAAGUUUUUUUUUUUCUGCUCUGUUCUUAUAUUACUUGUUUGUAAAAUAUAAAUGCAGAAGAAAGUGUUCACAAUAGCUGCGUAACUCUACAGAUGACUGAUUGUGUGAUGAAACAUUUACAGAACAAAAUUCAGCCACAGCACUGUGGUAGCUGUAUGUGUGGUUUAAAUGAAAUCACUACUCGUUACUGUCACUUUUUAUAUAUAUGUAUAAAUGCUUACAUGAGUCCUGUUAAUAAUAAAGUUCUGCUUGGGUAACUCAACUAAGCCCAAAGA